GUGCUCCAAGAAACCGGAAGUUACCUACUAAGAACAUGGCGGAUGUAUGUAGGAUUUAGGAGGAGAGUGUGUCGCGUUAUCUUGCCAUGCACGGCUUGUAUAUAGGCCAAUGGAUUUACAUACCACUUACUAUUAUUAAAGAUUACAGUGAAGAGCAGAACAUUUCUGCGAAUCUGGGGCUGUUUGUUUUCCCUUGGGUUACAUGUGAAUAAUGCUGUUUUUACUUUUGCUUUUGCCCUUCGUAGAAUCUAAAGAUUCUACAGACAGCAAUACAUUGUUUGCGGAAGCAAAUGGUAUGAUUAUGAUACCAUGCAGUGAAACGUCUGAAAAGGUUGCAGCGGUCAAGUGGUACAUAAAUGACCAGCUCCUCAUCGGCCAUGACCUCAGUCCAAAACCCAGUGCAGUGAAUGGCGAUAAAGCGGGAGUGUCAGUGGGUGAAGACUAUAGUCUUACACUGACGGACCUUAGUUUGAAUGACACUGGAAAUUACACUUGUAGGCUUGUCAGUACCAAUGGGGAUUCCAUCAGCAAUGUAACCCGUGAAGUCGUCAUUCAAGCUGUUCCUGAACCCCCUGGUAAACCAGAAAUUACUGAGGUGUCAUCACGCUGGUUGAAGGUUUCCUGGCCAUCAGUUGUUGAGGACAACAACAGCCCUAUUACACACUAUCAAGUGCAGAUUAAGUCUUCUUCGCAAGACUGGAGUGAAGGGGACAUACGUUCCAUUGGAGUAAUUUUCAACUCUACAAAAAUUAGGGACCUUCGUCCUUAUACGCAAUACCAAGUUAAAGUAUUUGCUGUGAAUGAGAUUGGUCGUAGUCUACCAAGUGAACCUUCUGCCAUACAACGCACAAGCUCUGAAGUCCCCACAGGUCCACCAACUAUUAUCAAAGCUCGUAGUCUGUCACCAACUGUUACACGUGUGAGCUGGGAGCCACCAUUAAAGAAUCAGACGAAUGGAGAAUUAUCUGGAUACCAGCUGAUCUAUGGAAUCACUGGUGAAGAUACAGUGCAGCCUGUAGUUGUGAAAGAUCCAAGUGAAACUAGUAUUGAACUGCAGGCGCUGCGUCCAUACACAAAUUAUACUGUGUUGGUGAAAGCUUUCAAUUCUGAGGGUGAUGGACCUGAUGGUGUGUUGUUCUUUCAAACAAUGGAAGGCUUGCCUAACAAGCCACGGAUCACACAUUGUACUCAUGUCCAUGCUAGUUCUCUACGUGUAAACUGGGAAGCUCCUACUGAACUCAAUGGACGGCUACUUGGUUACCAAUUGGUAUGGCAAUAUAAUGGGGAGAACUUCACUAAAAACAUCACUACUAGCUUACAAGAUCCCAUGUCAGCACUUGUGACAGGAUUAAAGCCUUAUACAGAAUAUGUUACACGAGUUGCUGCCAUCACAGGAGGUGGGCGGGGCAAUUUCAGCAAUGAGUAUCCAGCCUUAACUGAUGUUUCAGGUCCCAGUGCCCCAAACAUUUUGAACUUGACAGUGCUGUCACCAACCAGCAUACAUGUUCAGUGGGAUAUACCCGAGGUGGUGUACAAGGACAUCGAUGGCUACCUCAUUCAGCUCACCCGCCUCGACAGAAACUCCUUCCAGAUUACAAAGAAGAUAGCCAAUACUGAAAGUGAAGCAACAGUAGAAGAUUUAUUUCCAAAUAAAAAAUAUUCAUUAAAGGUUGCUGGGCAUACAAAAAGCAUUUUUUCACAGAUGACCCAUGUUGGUAAUUUUUCUGAAGUGAUGUAUUUUGAACUUAAAGGAGAUAGGGGCUCCAGAGAUAAGGAGAUCAUUGCAUAUCGAAAACAAGGUUCAAAUAUACAAGAAGAGGUUGAGGAAGAGAAGGGUAACAUGACAGCUGUCAUAGUAGCUGCAACCAUGGUCCCUGUCAUCGUCAUACUUAUUAUUGUCUUGGUGACACUAAGUUUCCGAUCAUUGACAUGCCGGGAAUAUUAUCAAGCAGCAUAUAAUUAUUUGGCUGUUCCCAGCCACUCACAGUCAUCACAGCCGACUGUCAUCCCUAUACCAGAAACCUAUGAAGAGGCUGACUACCCUUCUAUAGCAGUACGGGAUUUUAUUGCUCACGUGGAAAUGUUACAUGCUGAUAGUGACAUUGGUUUCUCACAGCAAUUUGAUGACAUAACUCAACGAACUCGGUGUGAUCUAAAAUCAGAGUUUUCUGCAUUACAAGAGAACAAAAUGAAGAAUAGAUAUAUCAAUAUUGCUGCAUAUGAUCACACGAGAUGUCAGUUGAAGCCAAUAAUGAGUAGGCAAAAACAUUCUGAUUACAUAAAUGCCAAUUAUGUUGAUGGCUAUAACAAGGCACGUGCCUACAUUGCUACCCAGGGGCCAUUACCACAAACAGUCGAUGACUUUUGGCGUAUGGUCUGGGAACAAAACACUGCUGUGAUUGUUAUGAUAACAAACUUAAUGGAACGUGGAAGGAGGAAAUGUGACCAGUAUUGGCCGAAUGAAGGGACAGAGGACUAUGGUGUGAUGUCAGUGAGGUUACUGAGUACAUUUGCACGUGCUCACUACACAGUCAGAAUAUUUUCCCUCAGGAAUACAAAGAAAAGAAAGAAACACUCCGCUGAGCGUGUGGUUUACCAAUACCACUACACUGAAUGGCCUGAUCAUGGUGUUCCUGAUUAUACGUUGCCUGUCCUUACUUUUGUGCGGAAGUCUGCUGCAGCCAACCCCCCAGGUGCUGGACCUAUCGUUGUACACUGCAGUGCUGGUGUUGGGCGUACCGGUACCUAUAUAUUAAUUGAUAGUAUGAUGCAGCAGAUAAAGGAGAAAGGGUCAGUGAAUGUCGCUGGCUUUCUCUUACAUAUUCGACAACAGAGAAACUUUCUGGUCCAAACUGAGGACCAGUAUAUGUUUAUUCAUGAUGUUCUCGUGGAAUACAUUCUUGGUGGUGGAGAUACAGAAAUACAAGAUGCUAAGAUAAUGAAAUAUUUUGAAGAUUUAGAAAAACCAAAUGCAAACGGAGAGAACCACCUUGAAAGACAAUUCCUGUUGUCAACGUGCCGUAGACCCAAAGAACACGAGUACUCUCAGGCUGUAAAACCUGUAAAUGUACCAAAGAAUCGUAUUCAAGAGAUGCUACCUAUCGAUAUGAAAAGGGUUCUUUUGCCUGUAAAACCUGGCGUGGACGGCUCGGAUUACAUUAAUGCUUCAUACCUGCAGGGUUAUAAUCGUACAGACGAGUUCAUUAUAACACAGCACCCAUUGGAAUCAACUGUUGAAGACUUCUGGAGAAUGGUCUGGGACCAAAACAGUGCUGCGAUUGUGUUGCUUACAAAAAUGGAUAAUGAUGACUGUAAAGAAUUUUGGCCUGAAAAAGGCGAUUCCAUCCAAGUGGAUGCUGGCAACUUUAAAUUGUUCCACCGAGAGGAGGACACCAGCUUGGAUCCUGUUACACAUGACUUUAUCAUGGAAUCAACACAGGAUGAUUAUGUCUUGAUGAGUCGAAUUAUUGCCACAACAGAGUGGCCUGAUGAGUGCCAACCACUGUAUACAGCUUUUGAGUUUAUUGAGACUUGUAGGAAGUGGUAUCAACAAUAUAACAGUGGUCCCAUCAUAGUAAUAGACAGACAUGGAGGAUGUCAAGCUGCAUUAUUCUGUGCCCUGUGGACACUCUAUGACCAACUCCAUCAUGACAAGUCUAUAGAUGUUUACCAAGUUGCUAAACUGUAUCACUUAAAGCGAACUGGUAUUAUUGGAACCAAAGACAACUAUCAUUAUUUGUACAAAGCAAUCGACAGUCUAUGUAAACACAUGGCUGAGAAGGAGAAAGAAAAGGAGUCCUAUCGAACUGCUACACUUCCUCACCACAGAGCCAUCAAAAAUGGCAUGUUACCUAACUCUAACUGCAAUGGGCCUUGGCCAGACAUGUAGACCUCAAACAUCUCACUCGUUUCCCAACCCUAACCCACUGAAUUCUCUCCACUACCCCACUACGACUCUGCUCUACUCUGCCUUCCUCCCUUCCUCUUAUUUUAUUACCCUCUUCGUUGCUGCAGAUUACCUUCUACACCAACCAAUGGGUCCAUACACAUCAGCUGUGCUAAUUUGUCUCCCUUUGGUUAAUUGCUUGGUUGGAGGAGAGAGAGAAAGAGAGGGAAGAGAAGGCAUUCAUCACCGAAAUACAUCCUACUUCCAAUACUGGUCCUAUCACCACUACUAGUAUUACUACUACUACUACACAACUAUUGUUACCCCUAUCCAUCCCCAGUCUUACACACACACACAUGCAUGCAUGCAUACACACAUAUACUUACACAUGUAUACCUUAACAAACAUACACCAGUUUCAUAAACAUGCCAUCUGCAGUGGUUUCUUGGGUUUUUUUUCUUGUUCUCCCGUUGUCUAGACAUGUGUGACUGACUGUCAUAUAUAUCUGGUGAGCGUGACGAGGCACGCCACCGAGACAGAGGUGGAGAUGACAGGGAAAAUGCAAAAAAGUAAAAAAAUUUUAAAAAUGAUAAAAACAAACCAGAAAAAAA